UCGAGGGGGGAGAGCGCGCGUGCUCGAAGCCAAAGAGCAUCUGCUUCAAAGCGCAGCGCGCACGCGCAAGGGGAGGAUGCAGCCUGUGUUCAGACAACAGCCGCGGCGCUGAGGAGGAGACGCGAGCGGCACCGACAAUAGCAUCUCACCGGGACCAGAACUCCCGGUGUCCGGGCUGCAGCUCCCACCGGGCCGGGCCGAACCUCCUCCGUCCCCCGUCCCCCCCUCCAGCGCGGUUAUCCCCGGGAGUGGAGAGGAGGGAGGAUGAAGAAAAGCAACCAAAGCAGGCGGGGCAUCCAGGACUCCGGUCCGCUCGCCGCCCAGCAGCCGGAGAAGGCGGGCUGGAUCCGGAAGUUCUGCGGCCGGGGGAUUUUCAGGGAGCUGUGGCGGAGCCGGUACGUGGUGCUGAAAGGGGAUCACCUCUACAUCUCGGAUAAGGAGGUUAAAGAUGAGAGGAAAGCCCAGGAAGUGUUUGACCUGGCCGAUUACGAGCGCUCAGAGGAGCUGAGGAAGGCGAAGAGUCGGAGCAAGAAAAACCACAGUCGCUUCACGCUGCUGCGCUGCAAACAGCGAGGAAACACGGUUCCUAACCUGGUGUUUCUGGCUGUGAGUCCGGAGGAGAAGGAGUCUUGGAUCAACACCCUGAAUGUGGCUAUAAUCAAAGCCAAGAACAGAGUUUUGGACGAGGUGACCAUUGAGGAGGACAGUGCUCUGGAUCAUCUCACCAGAGACCGAGCGAAGAUCCCCCACAGCCGGCGGCUGCCGACCAGAGGGCACCUCAUGGCCGUGGCCUCCACCUCCUCCCAUGGCAUGCUGACUCUUGACCUGGUUGCAGAGGAGGAUGGCUUCUGCCUCGACUACGAUGACGACGAGUCCUGGGAGGAUAGCUUCCGGGUCGACCUGCAGAAAGAGGGCUCCGGAGGAGGGGUGGGUGGCCGACAACGAGCUGGCACCGACGUCUCGAAGCUGCGGGUGACACCCAAAGAGCCCAAAGUGAAGACGGGGAGCCUGCCGAGAGGCAGCGAGCUCUCCUGGGGUAAACAGUCCCACCUGGAGGCCCCCAAAGUCCAUAAGACCCAGCAAGUCCAGGUCCUUCAGGCUCAGUCUCGCACGCCGCAGCCAGGCAAGAGGUUCAGCAUGCAGGGUCGGAGUCGCUGUGCCUCCAUGGAUGAAGUCCUCUCCUCCAGACCUGCAAUGAUUCGGUCAGAGUUUCGCUCGGCUCUUCGUCGCUGUCCGACUGAGGAAGAGGCCGGCAGCGGGACCUCGGCCCAGCCGGUCGGCCAGCUGCAGAGCCUCAUCGCUCAGAGGAUGCAGAGAGCCCAGGAGCUGCUGGAGGAAAUGAGACUGCAGGAGCUGCAGAAGGCCAAAGCUGAAAGGGAACGAGGAGGCAGCUCCACGUACCUGAAGGGCAUCAACUCCCCUCGACUUCACCACCUCAGGGGCUCCGACUCUCCCCAUUCCAGCAGGUCGUCGGGGUCUCCGAGGAGCAGGAGCAGCGACUCGCCUCGUCUCCGGGGCAAGGACUCGCCUCGCCUGAGAGGAAGGGAGUCUCCUCGAUCCAAAGCCAAGAAGAACCGCUCCAAAGCCACCGACUCGCCUCGCUCCCGAGGAUCUCCGUCUCCCGCUGCCAAAGCCGCCGACUCCCCCCGCCUGAGAGACUCGCCCCGUCUCAGCGGCUCCCCCCGAUCCAAGAGCUCCGACGCGCCAAAACCGAAGGCAUCAUCGGCGGCCGGCUCCAACAGAAAGGACGACUCUCCUCAGAAGAAGCCUCCGGAAACGCCUCCGUGCUUGAACAGAUCCGUCUCCUGCCAGGAGAAAGGAGCCGAUUCGUUGCAGGGCAGCGAAACCGACUCCCCCCGCGCCGGCGGCAUUAAGGAGGGUCAGCAAGGUCGGAGCUCCCCGGGCCUGUCCAGGUCCUUCGACUCGGCUCUGCCCAGAACCCCCGACAAGCACCGCCUGUCUCCUCCUCCUCCGCUCGUGCCGCCCGAAGAGGACGCGGAGGUGGAGAGGCGGCGCGCCGAGGCCGAGCGGCUGCUGGAGGAGGCUGUGUCGUCCUGGAAAGAGGCGCAGGAGGUCCUGCAGGAGGUGAAGGAGCUGCAGAGCCAGACGCUGAGGCGGCAGCGCAGGAGGACCUACGAGAAGAUGACAACGUCGGCCGCAGCAGCCUCGCAGCCUUCGCCCGCCUCGGCAGACGCAGCCGCGGAGGAGGACGACACGCCCGCCUCCCCGACGUCACCGGAGGACGACGACGGAUCCGAGACGCCCUGACGACGACGGACAUCCGUUUCCCCGCGUCGGCGUUUUUUGUCGAGGGCCGUGGCAGCGUUACCCUGCAUGCUUAUGCACAAAAAGAAACUACCAAGGUUUACACAAUUUCUACAUUUUUGAUCCUAUUUCCUAAAAAGAUUUCCAGACGUUUUAUCGAUCAGGGCCACAGGAUGCACGAUUCAUGUGGAUUAUUUAACAAAAA